AUGGCAGAAGCCAUCGGCGUAGUAGCCUCUGUUGCUAGUUUACUCGAUCUUGCUCUCAAGUUAUCUAAUGCAUUGCAUGAUCUACAAUUCCAGAUCAGAAAAGCCCCUGACCUCAUUCAAUCGUUAGAAAAUGAGACAGAAGCUAUCAGACUAGUUCUCACGCAUGUCGAGAGCACGUUUCGAACGGCCGCAGCGGCUCAGCUUGGCAACUCAGACAGUGCAGCAGUCAUCAGCGAUCUGGAAGUUGAGCUGGGCAAGAGUGAGGCUUUGCUGAAGCAACUAGGUUCAUUUAUCGACAGUCUUAAAAAUGAGACGCCUGCCUUACAGAGAUUCAAAUGGGUUCGUGAUAGGGCUAAGGGAGUAGAGCUUCGAAGUAGGCUUAAAGAAAUUAGAAUUCGCAUCGGCGAGCUACAACAGGCAUAUAGCAACUCAAGCUUGAACCGUAUGGAACUUGUAUUGCAGGACAUUCAACUUAUACAACAUCGGCAGCAUGCCAUUACAGGCAGUCUUGGUGCUUGUGUGUCAGAUACAAGGAAUCAGCUUGUAGCUGAUCGUAACACUGCGAUUCGAAGCCAGGCAGACAUCAUCAAAGCACUAGAAGCCCUACAGACUACAACACCACGAUUACCCCCAGACUGGCUAGAGAAUAUCAGCAACCAAUUAGCCACAACUAUAAACAGCUUCCACCCUCGUCUUCCUGACCCACCUCCAACAGUAGCCGAAAGACAAUCGUCUCUAAAUCGAAUGGAUCCUGGUGGACAAUGCCUUUUCGAAGGCCAGGGCGGCAACACAGCAGCUUCACGCUAUCGAACUCACCAAGAAGAGAGUUUCGCGGCCAUUCCUUCACCACUCAAGCACUCUACACUGGUCAUUAAGCUAAAUCACGCCAUACCCCUCAACCUUCGUUCAGAGGUCGAAGGUCUGAUUCAAGUUUGGCAUUGCUUAGAGGACCUGGACCUAAGCUUCAUCCACGAGAUUGUUGUUAAACGAUGUCCAAUCGACUUGGCCCCUGUUCUUAAGACCGGCAGAGCAGAUAUCGUAUCCCAAAUUGACGCACAAGAUCGAUUCGGCAUGACUCCACUUAUGUAUGCUGUUGUUUUAGGCGAUACGAAAACAGUUGAUGUUCUGAUCAAAGCUGGCGCUUCAGUCCACAAAACAACACCAUUCGGCCACACAGUGCUACACUAUGCCAGCUCCUUACCAGCGAGCACUUGUGCAACACUAGUGGACUUACUUCUUGCUGCCGGUGCCAAUGCCCAUGCCGCUUUCCCCUCAGGCUGGAGUGUUCUGCAUACGGCAGCCAUCUAUGAUAACACAACCAUGAUGCACCGGAUCAUUGAAGAAGGCGUGAGUCCAGAAUACUUUGGCCCAUGGGGAAAUCGCCCAAUACACUAUGCGGCAUCCCAGAAUUCUGAGAAGGUAGUUCGUUUGUUACACGAGAAAGGCGUCGAUCUUAAUGUGCUAGCUGAUCAUAGACUCUCACCACUUGGUGUAGCAAUCCAGGCAAACACGCCCGACACUCAAUUGGCACUUCUCGAGCUGGGCGCCGAUUACCUUGUAACCGGAAAGUGGGGAACCAUUUUCCAUUUGGCGGCAUACUGGGGUAAUGAAGUAACGUUUAGAACGUUAUCCAGUGUUAAGCUCCGGGGUUUGGACUAUCAUGCCAGGGAUGCGGAAGGAUUAACGGCGACCUCCUUAUUUGAAGACCGUUAUGACAUGACGGAUGAGUUAGCAAUUGCAUUCCACCAGCUGAAGGACUCUAUCAGAUCGCAAUCUUUAGAGGAGCAAAGAGGCGAGGAUGAGCUUGGAGACGACAAUGAAUUCUUUGAUGCAUUCGAGGCAUAA